UUAAUUUCAUCAAUCUUUCUCUUGAUCGAAAGGAUCAUACGUAUAGUGUGACAAGACGAUUCACAGCCUUAUCAUAACUGUCGACAUCAGUCCUGACGCAAAUGUCCACUCUCGUGAAUUUCUUUCCUUUAACGUUGCUGUCAAAAUCACGUGCCUAAUAUGAAAACAUCAAGAUCGAUUUGUUGGAAAAAAAUUGUUCAAAAUUAAUUUUAAUCGUUUCGAUACACACUUGUAAAGGAAUGCGCCUUCCAAAGUGCUCGUUUAAUUCAGGUAUGCACAAAUUAGAGCCAUAUUUGAGAUCCGUACCUAUCAAGUCCAUGCUAGCGCUAACGAUUCCAAAUGAAUCCGACAACAUUGAAGAAUUGGUUGGUACGCGGGGAGCUCGAGAAGCUUGAAAAUAUUGUAUUAGAGGGACGUGGCGCACGUUUGUUAGGCGAACAUUCUCCAGAUCUUAGAACCCGUGUCUUCCUGAAGGGACUCCCGAAUUACUUGACGAAGAUAUCUCAAACUCACGACGCGGUUACGCGAGGUUCCUUGGUAGAAACUCAGAGGAUCGUAACGGAAGAACCAAAGAAAAAGUUGGCUAUCGCAAAAGAUCCUUCCGGAAUCCCACUCAUUCACAAGGCGAUUUAUCAUGAUCAACCAGAAAUAGUCGCAUGGCUUAUACAUAAUUACCCGAUCACGACUCAACAAAAGGACAAAGAAGGUAGAACGGCUUUACAUUAUUGCGCUGCCUGUAGAGAUCCUGGCACGGUGUGGGAUAUUUUGAUAGAGGGUGGCUGCGACGCCAGUGUUUGCGAUAAGCGUGGAAAUCCAGCAGCUUAUUAUCUGGAACACAGUUCCGAAGUGGAGUUAGCCGAAACGGAGAAGAUGCCUUAUCGCAAGACCAGCACUACGAAAGAAAGCUUUGACUUCAAGCCUUCCAAUAUAAGAAUAUGGAUUCAUAAUCGGGAUAUUAGAAAAUUGCAGCAGGUUCUCUGGGAAGGUCACGGUGGCAAAUUACGCCGCGAGACGAGCAACAAUCCGAGGGUGAAGAAGUUUUUGGAAGCAGUACCUUUUAUAAUGGGUACCGUGAAAGAUGUACACUCAGCAACUGUGAAAAACGAUUUGCAAGGUCUGAAAAAGAAAUUAGAGGAUCCAGUCUCGCCUAUUAUUUUAUGUAGCAAAGAUGCAAACGGUUUGAACGUCUUGCACAAGGCUGCCGGAUUGGGUUAUCUGGAAGUCGCUCGUGAAAUCCUUGAAAAGUAUCCAUCGAUAGUAACGGCCCAAGACAAUGAAGGUAAAACACCGUUACAUUAUGCGUCUGCGUUGAAGGACGACGGUGCCAUGUACAACCUAUUGACCGAGUAUGGAGCCGACGAAAGCAAAUUAGAUAACAAACAGAAGGCAGCCGCUUUUUAUAAAAAUCGUCCAUUCGAUGUGGACCUUUCCAAUCUAGUCGUGGUACCGGAAGCGCCUCGAGUAUCGGGAAUGUCCUAUCCAAAAAAUUGGGACUGGAGAAUCUUGGAGGUAGCUGAAACGUUUGUACGUCCUCCAAAAAAAUCGUUAAGCGGCAAUGACGUCGACAGUGCAUUUGAAAGCACCGAAUCAUCAAUUAAGAGCUCAAACGAGAUUACCGAGAAUGUGAAAAUAGUCGAGGAACCGAAGAAUGAUUCGAUGAUGGAAGGAGAGGGUCCGUCCGAGCCUACGGCCGAAGAAGUCCAAGAGAACGAAGAAACGGAAGAAAAAUCGUCCGAUGAUGAUGUAAUCACUGGCGCGAAAGAAAACGAGAAAGACGACGCAGAAGACGAUGAGAUAGACAACGCGAAGGACGAGGAGAUAGACGACGCGAAAGAUGACGAGAAAGACGACGAAACGACGGAAGAAAUGAAGGAAAACAAUGCAAAAGAGCAAGCUCCAGAGAUCGAGGAAUCUGAUAAGGUCGAGAUUACAACGAAUGAGCCGAUUGUUACCGAUCCAGAGGAGAGGAGUGAUCCUAGUACGGGUGACUCUGGGGUCGAUGAUCCAACGAACGAAGAUGAUCAGGUCAUAGUCGGUGAACACGAAGAGUUACCAGAAACGGAAUUGAACGAGGGUAGCAUGAUUCUGGAUCCGGAAGUGGAGAAUUUAUUGGAAAACGGAAAUAUGGAACAAUUGGCUGCCUUGGUAUUGAACGGCGAAGGUAGACGACUUGUUGGUCGGCAAUCAAAUAAUCCCGAACUUCAGGCUUUCAUCGACAACGUGCCUGCUUAUAUGGGAAAAAUUCACGCCGUACAUAUGGCAGCGAGAGAAGGGAAUCUAAGAGAUUUGCAAAGCGCAUUAGAUCGUCGUAAAUUUGCCAUAGCAAGGGACGGAUCGUCACCUCGUGGUGCAACGCCUCUUCACGUCGCAGUGGUCUUUGGGAAUACCGCUGUUAUCAGAUAUUUAGCAGGAAGAUUCCCGGAAACAGCACAUGCGAUCGAUCUCGACGGUAGAACUCCUUUGCAUUAUGCAACAACGCUCGCCGACAAUGGACAUUACUACAAUCUUCUUCUUAAUUUGGGAGCGAAUCCGCUUGUAAAAGACAAUUUAGGAAAUAAGGCGGAUCAUUACAAACUAAAUCAGGAUGACCUAUCACACAAAAGAUUACUUCGUGAUUUCGGAGCCAACGAAAAACUCGCUGAAGAAAUGUUGACGGACAAAGUACCCGGAGGAGACAAGUACUCGGCGCGACGAGACGCGAGCGAACCAGAUACAUUGGCAACCUUGGAGAGAUGCUUCCGCUUGUUGGCUGGCGGUAGACGAAAUUCGGCUGCUAGGACACCCUCGAAUCCUGGUACACUGCUUGGUCGUUGUCUGAAACGGCCGAUAUUCGAUCGCAUAAAGCACCGUGUGACACGCAUGGACCACAAUCUUUUUGAUGUUAUCUGGCCCGCUUUUAAGAAAUACGGUAAUCCGACCGCUACUAGCAAGACCAGCGAUAGUGGCCACUCCGUCGUGAGCAUGGACGAUACUGUCGAUAACGAAAUCAUCAUCGUGCCUGAUUACGAAAGCUAUGUGGUCUUUGGCGAACUUUUCGAUCCAAUCAUCAGGGAGUUGCAUUGCCUAACAGCGAGCGGAGAUAUUCCGGAUCAUCCGUCAACUCGUUUUUUCGAUAUGUACGAUUCGGCCGAUGGCAAAGGAGAUUAUAUAGAUGAAGCAGCCGUGUCUGCUUUGGAAAAUUAUGAUUUGGAUCCAUCCGCAAAGUACGUUCAGGCCGGCAUCAUUGAAUGUUGCAGAAAUCUUGAGGAUUAUACUCUACCGUUGACUCUUACCGUGAAUCAACUCGAAGACGUCGAACGGGUGCUAACCAGCGAGUUUAUGAGCCCAGAAAUUUCCGUGAUAAUGGCGGAAGGUAGUAGCGAGGACGAGGCUGGAAAUUAUUUGACUUUGAGCGAACUUUUAGAUCAGCCGAGUCCAUUGAGAGCCCAAUUGGCAGCAGCAGGUCUCUUGCUGCCCAUAACAGAGUUCGAAAUCCACGAUGCUAGACGACUUCAUGGUAGACAUUGGCCGUACGGCCGUGGAGUUUACGUUACUGCUGCCGGUGAUUUGGCAGCUUGGGUCAACGUUCAAGAUCAUUUAAGAGUGAUAUCUCGUACUACGGACAAUAGACCAGGCCUAAUCGGCCGAGCCUACGUAAAAUUAGCCAAAGUGAUGCGCCUAUUAGAUCAAAGAUUGCAAUUUAAGAAGGACGUUAAAUUUGGUUUCCUUAGUUCCAGACUCCACGCAAUCGGCAACACGUUAAAAUUUACUCUGAUCAUAAAGUUUUCCGAAUUGUCGAAAGAACGAGAUCAUCUUAAACAUUUAUGCGUCGUCCGUGGACUCAGCUUGAGCAACACACCGCGCAAGGAUACUUAUAAAAUAGCCAAUCAGCAAUGUUUGUCAAUCUCAGAAUUGCAUAGCUUGCAAGACUAUUCAAGGGCUAUUUCAAAUAUUCUCUUACUAGAGAAAGAAUUAACAUUGAACAAUUCUAUCAGAAUUGCCAGCAUGAUCGCCGGUAUUUUUCGGAAAAAGACCAAUUCGAGAGGACGUCGAUCUUGAUCGACGACGAAACGACUCGAUCGCGACCGACGGGGACGACGAAUUUCCACCUUGCAAGAGAGAUAAUGAUUCUAACAGAGUAUCGUCGACAUCGAUCUAUUACGCUUCUAAGAAGAUAGAAUUUUAGAAUCAUUUUUAAGAGAUCCUUUAUGCUGAUUAUUUUUGUGACAAAUUCAUUUUAUUCCUCUUUCACAGUCCGAGUUAUUGAUAAUUGCUUCUUGUAGUAUACAGAAAGAAAGAGCUAUCGAGCUAUCGAGCGAGCGAGCGAGUGAGCGAGAGAGAGAGAGAGAGAGAGAGAGAGAGAGAGAGAGAGAGAGAAAUUUUUAAACUCUUCUCUACAAUGUGUUACGUUGGAAAGAUGUGUGAACGUUGUCUGACUCUUCCCGUGCAUCGAACAAUGUUAUUCAGUUAAAGUAAUUAUUUUAGUAAAAGAAAUAAAAUAUUGCGUGCUUGGAUUAUUUGCCGAGAAGAAGGUCGCAUUUUUUAUUAGGUUAGUAAAACAUUGAAGGCAAAAAAAGCUAAUAAUAUUGUUUCAACACAUUGUUAUCGCACUGAUUGUUAAAAAUAUGCUUCUUAUUUCUGUGCGUACAUAUUAUAUGUAUUGUAAAAUAACCGUCGAGAAGUUUAUUUAACGAAAUUUUAAGCGACAGUUUAUUGUUUACAAUGGAAUGAAUUUUGACGAACAUUUCGAUGAACAUUUUAAUGUUUCUCGAAAGCUUAGCUUUUCUUGCUUUUAUCAUGCACGUGUCAAUGUUCACUUGAAGGAAGAACAACGCUAGCACAUCUUUCCAAUAUACUUACAUAUGUAUGUGUGUUCGUUCUUCAUGAAUGACGUGUAAUUCGUGAUUCAAUUAUUCUUACAAAUAUAUCGUAAACUUUUGUCUAAUAUAAAAUGCAAAUUCCAUCGUUUAUAUGAUCACCGAAACACCAAUUUCUUGCUUUUGCAUAUUGAAAUUGAAGAGUGCUGUUGAAGAAAAAGUCAAUACUAUGUAAUGAUUUUAAUCACGAUUUUAAUCACGAUUUUAAUCACGAUUUUUCUUGCACUUUUUCAUUUCGCAUAUUAUUUGUAUUAAAUUAUAUUUAUUAUAUUUUAUUUAAGCUAUAUAUAUUGAAC